AUGUCCGACGAUCAAGACGGUGAUAUCGAAAAUGCUUCAGUAACAAGCAGUCAAUCAAUAUCACAAGAAAUACAACCUUCAUCGCAUUCAAGUCCAACUAAGAAGAAAUUAUCUAAGGAUGAUAUGACCAUGAUAGACUCUGCAAACGAUAUUCUGGAUUCUUUGGAGCAUAAUCACAGAAACGAUCUAUCUCUGCAUCUGUAUUCCUCAUUUCUUCUGAAAAAAUUACUUUAUAAAGCCAAUAGUAAGAAACAUGCCUAUGAAACAAAUCAAUUCAUUAAGACUCAAAUCAAAGAUAAUUGGGUUAGUUGGCCCAAUCCAAACGCAAUAAUAGAUCCACAAACAAAUAAUAUCUAUGAGGAUAUACAGUUUGGAGAAAAGGCAAAAUCAUUAACUAAUGGCGAAAUUUCCAUCAAUGGAUUAAACCAUGCCAGAGACGCAUUAGCACUAGAAUUAAAUGCACAUUGGAUAUAUUUAUUGAACAAAUCUUCUGGAGUAUCUGGACAAAAUUUAGAUGUUGAUAUUUUAAAUAUACCUGAUUUUGUUAUAAAUUCUGUUAUUGGUAAAUUGGAUCACAUAUUUUCUGGAAUCAAUCACAAAAUUGCCAAACAAAAUAAAGUUAAAAUUGCUAAGGAUAAUGAGACAAAUUUUAUAAAUAUUGACCAGCUGAAAGAAGAUUCAGUGAAGAUAAAUAGGCAAAUAAGGUUUGAUUUUCAUGAUAUUAUUGAAAGUGGUUGCCAAAUGAACGAAGACAUGAAAGAAAUAUAUAUGAAGUCGUUAGAGCUUUACAAUGACAUUCCUGAGACAUUUCGAAAAAAAAGGUUUACUUUGCCAAAGAAAAUAUUAAAAAGGUAUAAAAGCAAAAAAACUGACAAGAAAAUUGAAGAUAUCUCAAAAGAAGUUUAUGAAAAGCUAACUAGUGACUAUGUUAGGAUCGGUACAUUGCUAAGGGAUGGACGUAUAAGUUCUAUGCAAAGACGACAAUUGAAACGUAUACAAAAAAGAGAAAGAGAUGUUGCCCUCAGCAAAAAAACGUUUUUUGAAGUUAAAGGCUUUAGAUUGGAAGAAGAAGAAGUAGACUUUAAUAGCAAUAGCCAAGAUUUGCCAAGUGACAUUAACAAUGAGAAUAAAAAAGCUUUCCCAUCAUGGUGGUCGGCAUUUCGUGAUUAUGGAUUUGAUAGCGCUGCAAAUUUGGAAGAAAUUGAAUCUACAAUAGUGCUGAAGGAAAACGGAUAUGACAUCGAAGAUGCCAUUGUUAGCUUACCUCAUAAAAAGUAA